AUGGACCAAAUCCUCGAGGAUAACACUUUUCCCCCCUCUCUCCCUCAUCUAAGUUCACACACAAUGUGGUUCUCCAAAUCCAAUUUCCCAGUCGAUGGCAAAACUGCAAUAAUAGUAGGAGGGUCUCAAGGUAUCGGAGCAGACAUUGCAACAAAACUAUACUUACAAAACUGCUCAGUAAUCCUCGUUGCUAGGACCCAAUCAAAAUUAGACCAUCAAGUUAAAACAAUACUCAAUUUACCCAAAACUCACCCAAACCACACCGCUAGGGUUUCCAGUUAUUCAUGUGAUGCGUCCGCCUAUGACGAUUUUGUCAAUUUAUGGAAACAAAUUACAGCUCAUGGAUAUGACCCUACCAUCAUAUUUUGUUGUGCUGGAUCUAGUGUGCCUAAACUAUUCAAUGAUUUGACUUCACAAGAUCUAGACACUGGAAUCAACAUCAAUUAUCGAACUGCGUUGAACGUAAUCCAUAGUGGGUUUAAACAUUUACUCAAUAUAAAUGAAGCUACCCUUCCCCAUGAUUGGCCAAUGAGACAUAUUAUUAUAUUCAGUUCAGUAGUUUCAUUCUUUCCAUUUGUAGGCUACGCCCAAUACGCACCCAUGAAAGCGGCGUUGGAAUCAUUAUCCGUUAUAUUAAGACAAGAAUUGAAACCUUACAAUUAUCGAGUCUCAUGUGUAUUUCCCGGCAAUUUCCAAAGUGAAGGGUUUGAUGAAGAACAAAAGACCAAACCACGCUUGACUAAAAUCAUUGAGGGGCCAAGUGUACCUAUCCCAAGUGACGUUUGUGCUGAUAUGGUAUUUGAUCAGUUGGCAAAGGGAUAUGAUACUAUAACUACUGAUUUUAUUGGAUGGGUGCUUGGAUGUAGUACGUUGGGGAUCUUGCCUCGUCAAUGGGGGUUGUUUCAAGUCAUUGUUAGUUUCUUUCUUCUGGUCUUUGCUCCUGUGAUUAAUUGGAGUAUAGGUAGAGAAGUAAAGAAACAUUUCAAAGAAGAAGCAAAGAAAAUAGACUAA